UCUCUCCCCCCGGGCCAGGGAGCCGGGGGCAGCGCCGGAGCCCGGGGGGAGCGCGGCCCCAGGGCUGGGGGCAGCUAAGACGGCCCCGGUCCAGGUGGAGGCCGCAGAGGGCCCAGGGCGGGCAGGGGCAGCAAUGACUGGUCCUGACGGUGGCUGAGCCCCCAGCCCCUGGAAUAUGCAGCCCGGGGGAGCCCCAGGCAGCGGCGAGGACGCGGUGGCGGCGUGGGGCGAGAGGCAUGGUCUCCACCUACCGGGUGGCCGUGCUGGGGGCGCGAGGCGUGGGCAAGAGUGCCAUCGUGCGCCAGUUCCUGUACAACGAGUUCAGCGAGGUCUGCGUGCCCACCACCACCCGCCGCCUCUAUCUGCCUGCUGUCGUCAUGAACGGCCACGUGCACGACCUCCAGAUCCUCGACUUCCCACCCAUCAGCGCCUUCCCUGUCAACACGCUGCAGGAGUGGGCAGAUGCCUGCUGCAGGGGACUCCGGAGUGUCCACGCCUACAUCCUGGUCUACGACAUCUGCUGCUUUGACAGUUUUGAGUACGUCAAGACCAUCCGCCAGCAGAUCCUAGAGACAAGGGUGAUUGGCACCUCAGAGACGCCCAUCAUCAUCGUGGGCAACAAGCGGGACCUGCAGCGCGGACGCGUGAUCCCGCGCUGGAACGUGUCUCACCUGGUGCGCAAGACCUGGAAGUGCGGCUACGUGGAGUGCUCCGCCAAGUACAACUGGCACAUCCUGCUGCUCUUCAGCGAGCUGCUCAAGAGCGUCGGCUGCGCCCGCUGCAAGCACGUGCACGCCGCCCUGCGCUUCCAGGGCGCGCUGCGCCGCAACCGCUGCGCCAUCAUGUGAGCGCGCCCACCCCGCCAGCCCCCGGGGCGCCCGAGGCUGCCGCCGGGACCGCCCGGAGUUCCUCCUGGGACUGCCCGGCCUGAGCAGCGAGUGGCAGGAAAAGAACUCGGGGGGCCCGGGCCGGAAACGCCCCCGCCGCCACGCACCUCCCGUUGAGAGGCGGAGGGCGGGAGGGAGUCUCCCCAAACGGCCCAGUCCUGUCUCCAAUCUGUCUUCCUGGGACGGCUCCUUUAGCGCUGAGGUUGGCGCAGUACCCAGCCUGGCCCCAAGGGGCGCCACAGCCUUUUGGGAUUGGGGUGCGCGCAGGAAAUGGAGGGUGGGGAAGGGGAGGUGUUGCCUUAGCCGGUCCCCCGCGAGUCUUCUCCAGAGAGUGUGUCUGUCAUUGCCCCGCGCCUUCCUCCCGUGCCCAUCGGUCUGCCCAAGCGUCUCUUGGACUUACCCACUCUCUGGUCCCCCUCCCCGCCCCCAGCUCAGCUCACAGGGCUCUCAUUUCUUCCACCUCCUUGUUGCAGAUCCUGGUGCCCCUCUGGCCGGCAGCACCCCCGGCGCAGGACAGCGAGAUGCGGGUGGUCCUAGGACCACCUUCGGUCCGAGGGUUGAGGUCCCAGAUUAGUCAAGGGGAGAAAGCUGAGCUCUGCCCUCUCCAGGGAGACCUCCCCACCCAGCAGCCCCGAGACACAACAACCUACCUUCCAGCCUUAACUCGAUGGUCCGUUCCUGCCGGGUGCCCCUCACCCCCUUACUGACCCCAAAGCCAGAUCACCCCCUGGGUUAGAACUUUUCCCCUGACAGAGCGUGGAGAGGGAAUCCCCCAAAGGAGAGAUUUACCUCCAUGACGCCAGGCUCCAGCCCCCUGUUCCUUCCUGCAUUGGGUGGUGUUAGAUUGGGGGGUGUUGGGUUUGGGGAGCUGUGGGGGGCAGGCUGGGUCCCGGAGUGGAGGUUGGGGCCCAGGUUGUGCCAGCAAAGGCUCUGCUUUUCCAUCCACCCCAAUCAGAUGCCCCUGCUUGAAUCUCAGGUUACCCUGAUUAAUCUAGGGAGGGGUAGAGCCAGAAAAAGAAUUAUGGGGACCCCUUGCUUGAGGGAGAUAUGCCCGCUUUCUGCCCCCCCCCCCCAUUUCCUGGUUGGAGGCCCUCAGGAUCUACACUUCCUUGUGCCAACACCAGUUGGCCCUAUGCCCUGACUCACUCCACCCCGUUUUCUCCGGCUGCCUGGCCGGGUUUCUACCUCUCCUCACCAGAGCUGAUCACUGUCAGUUUUGUAUUGAAUUAGAAAUAACAAAAAUAAUGAAGAUACCAGGAGCGGCCUGAGGGAUUCCUGGGGGACUUGGAGGCCACACAAUGGUGCGUGUUCCCUGCCCCCAGGCCAAGUUCUCCUUGAGGCUGAGCCCUCAGCCCUGGGCUGAUGGGAGGACAGCAAGGUUAGAAGAGGGGCAGAUAGAACAUCUCGGCCUUGACCUGGCCCAGCUUUGUUGUAUAGAUCAGGAAAUCAGGUAGCCCAGAGCGGUGAUGGAGAGGAGUCUGGGGGAGGGAUUGUGGGUGGGGAGCUUAUCAUCCAGAUCUAGUGUGAGAGGGAAUCUAUGAAUUUCCCAGCUGAUUCCCCCUCCACCCACCUGGGUAGCACAGCCCUACAAGGACCGCCCUGACCUGGGCAGUCCAGUGCCCCUGGUUCUAGUCCCUGUUGUGCUACGUGACUUGGGGCAAGUGACCCGCCCUCUGAGCCUCCCUCUGAAGCAGAGGAGGUGGCUCCCCUUCCCCACCCCCUGAGUGGCUGGGAGGGUACGGAAGAGGGCCUGCCCCCUUCCUCCCUGCAUCCUGCUCCCUGGUUCCCCAGGGGGACAGGGUAAGGGAUGGCAGCAUCUCAUCACCACCGUCGCCCCAGCUCUGAGGCACCUGAAGUGGGGGUGGGGGACCCAGGCCUCUGGCUGCCCCUGUGGGAGCCAUUGGAAUGUAUUGCCUGCCCGUCCCACCUCACCCCCUCUGCUCACCCAGGUCUUUGGUUUCGAUUUCCUCCACCCCCAUUCUGAGUCUCUGUCCUUCUCCCUGCCUCCCCCCACCCACCCAGGGUUUCCCACCACAGGGUCUGGAAGUGUGUGUGACGCCCAAUGCGCUGUGAUCGGAAGUCAGAUUAAAAAUCAGGGAGUGUUUUCCCUCGUUUCUGUACCAAGGUGUUGGUUCUGUUUCUGAGGGUGGAAAGGAAGGGGCUCCCUACAGAGCUCUGCUGGGC